CCAGUGUAAUCUGACACUUCAACUUGCCGUGCUCUACGGUAGUUGAUUCAGUCACUCACUCACACCGUCUCCGGGGCUCUCACGUCGUCUUUGUGAAGUGGAGAGACCGAGAGAGAGGAGCACCGUAAACACGAGGGCUGGAGGAACAAUACGCGGAUUUGCCACCGAGGUCCGAACUGAAAAUCACCGCUUAAGGAGGGGGUCAGCGAGGGACCGUGCGUGAGGAAUACAUGAAGGCUGGGUUGGGGGAGGGGGCGGCCACCACAGCGGCAGUACCACCGAGGUCAAAGUUCACACAGACGCGCUCUGUGAUUGAUGAGGAUUAAGAGACAGAUUUUGCUUAAUAGGAAACACAACAACUGCCUCAUCCACACCGGGUAAAGAACUUUUAAUGGCGUCCCGGUAGAGGCAUCAAGAUGAACCCGUUACCAUCAAUGGACCGGCACAUCCAGCAGACCAAUGACAGGCUGCAGUGCAUCAAACAGCACUUACAGAACCCAGCCAACUUCCACUCAGCAGCCACAGAGCUGCUCGACUGGUGUGGAGAUCCCCGGGCCUUCCAGCGACCUUUCGAGCAAAGUCUCAUGGGAUGUCUGACGGUGGUGAGUCGCGUCGCUGCUCAGCAGGGGUUUGACUUGGACCUGGGCUACAGGUUGCUGGCUGUGUGCGCCGCCAACAGGGACAAAUUCACACCCAAAUCUGCAGAAACCAGCACCUGCAGGAGAUGUCAGAGUGACUCAGCCCUGCUGUCGUCGUGGUGCGAGGAGCUGGGUCGUCUCCUCCUGCUGCGUCACCAGAAGAACAGGCAGAACGAACCGCAGGGAAAAGUCCCCAUGCAGCCCAGCAUGAGCAGCAUGAAGCCCGGCCUCACACACAGUGAUGGGUCCUUUCCCUAUGACUCUGUCCCCUGGCAACAAAACACCAACCAGCCCCCUGGGUCAUUGUCUGUGGUUACAACAGUGUGGGGCGUGACCAAUACGUCACAGAGUCAGGUGCUGGGUAACCCAAUGGCAAACAGCAAUAACCCCAUGAAUCCUGGGGGUAACCCCAUGGGAUCAGGUAUGUCUGCCAGCGCAGCAGGGCUCAACUCACCUCAGUUCAGUGCUCAACAGCAACAGUUCCCAAACAAAGGAGGCUCCAACCAACCGUACAUGCAGCAGGGCAUGUACGGCAGGCCUGGCUACCCUGGAGGUCCUGGGGGAUACAGCGGAAGUUAUUCUGGAGGCCCAAACGCCCCUCCAGGAGGUAUGGGAAUGGCCUCCCACACACGUCCUCCUGGUGACUUCACACAGCCAGCUGCCGCUGCUGCAGCAGCUGCUGUUGCUGCUGCUGCUGCUACGGCAACAGCCACGGCAACGGCCACGGUAGCAGCUCUGCAGGAAACCCAGAAUAAAGAUAUGAACCAGUAUGGACAGAUGUGUUCAUCGUUUCAAAUGGGCCCCGCUCAGGCCUACAAUAGCCAGUUCAUGAACCAGCCAGGCCCGCGAGGCCCCCCUGGAGGUAUGAAUCCAGCCAGCAUGGGAUCAGCCAUGAGCAACCCUAAUAUGAGCGGGCCUCCCAUGGGCAUGAACCAGACUCGCACCCCAGGCAUGGGGCCUUUCGGUGGUCACGGCCAAAGGAUGCCCCAGCAGGGGUAUCCUGGAGGACCUCGACAGGGAAUGCCCAUGCAGGGGAUGAAGAGGCCGUAUCCUGGGGAGGCAAGUUACGGGGGACAGCAGUACGGGCCAAGCAGUCAGUUCCCACCACAGCAGGGGCAGUACCCCACAUCAAAUGCCUCCAGGCCGCUGCCCUCUCCUAACUACCCCGGUCAGAGGAUGCCAGGGCAGCAGGGCCAGGGACAGUACCCUCCUGGCAUGCCCAUGGGCCAGUAUUAUAAGCAAGAGCCCUUCAAUGGUCAGAGCACCAACUUCUCUGGAGGUGGAUACUCCUACGGUCAAGGAAAUGGGCCCCCCAGGCCUGGUAACUACCCCCACUCCCCGGUCCCUGGAAACCCCACACCGCCUAUGACCCCAGGAAGUAGUAUUCCUCCGUACCUGUCGCCAAACCAGGAUGUGAAACCCCCGUUUCCACCCGAUAUGAAACCAAAUAUGACAGCACUUCCGCCCCCUCCGAAUAACCCCAACGAGGAGCUGCGGCUGACGUUCCCAGUCAGGGAUGGAGUCGUGCUGGAGCCAUUCCGCUUGGAGCACAACCUGGCUGUCAGCAACCACGUCUUCCACCUUCGACCCUCCGUCCACCAGACCCUCAUGUGGAGGUCAGACCUUGAGCUGCAGUUUAAGUGCUACCACCACGAGGACAGGCAGAUGAACACCAACUGGCCCGCCUCCGUCCAGGUCAGCGUCAACGCCACGCCCCUCACCAUUGAGAGGGGAGACAACAAAACCUCCCACAAACCCCUGCACCUUAAGCACGUAUGCCAACCUGGGAGAAACACCAUCCAGAUCACCGUCACCGCCUGCUGUUGUUCCCACCUGUUUGUGCUGCAGCUGGUCCACAGGCCAUCUGUGCGAUCCGUCCUCCAGGGGCUCCUGAAGAAGAGACUCCUUCCUGCAGAACACUGCAUCACCAAGAUUAAGAGGAACUUCAGCAGCGUGGCGGCGUCAGCAGGCAACACCACUCUUAACGGCGAAGACGGCGUGGAGCAGACGGCCAUUAAAGUGUCGCUGAAAUGUCCCAUUACCUUCCGACGCAUCCAGCUACCUGCACGAGGGCAUGACUGCAAACAUGUCCAGUGUUUUGAUCUGGAGUCCUACUUACAGCUUAACUGUGAGAGGGGGACAUGGAGGUGUCCUGUGUGCAAUAAAACAGCAUUAUUAGAAGGUCUGGAGGUGGACCAGUACAUGUGGGGAAUCCUCAAUGCCAUCCAAAACUCAGAGUUCGAGGAGGUCACUAUAGACCCAACAUGUAGCUGGCGACCUGUCCCCAUUAAAUCUGAGCUACACAUCAAAGAGGAUCCUGACGGACCGCUGGCCAAACGCUUUAAGACCAUGAGCCCCAGUCAGAUGACCAUGCCCAAUGUGAUGGAGAUGAUCGCCCAGCUAGGGCCCGGUCCUGGUCCAGGACCUGGACCUGGCCCCGGACCAGGUCCCAGCCCCUACCCUCCACACCCUGGUCAACAUACUAGUGGCAACGGGGGAGAUUACCCAGGGGCAGGCAACAGUUACCACAGCCAAGGAAACUUUGACUUCCCUCACGGGAACCCCUCUGGUGGUGGAGUUGGAGGAGGUGGUGGUGGAGGUCCCCCUAUGAAUGACUUCAUCCAUGGCCCCCAGCUCUCUCAUCCCCCAGAUGGACCCGGUGGUCUCCUCUCCCAGGACAAGCCCCUGACCCACGGCAUGAAUGAUGCAAUGUCCCAUCCCGAUCAGUCCCAUAACUCCAUGCAGCAGAGCUUGCAUGCGUCUCCCCACCCUGGCAGCCAAACAGGGCCGCCCUUACAUCACAGUGGCCAGUCAGGGCAGCCUUUGCAUCACAGUGGCCAGUCAUCGCAGCCGCCUCGCCAGUCGCAGCCUCAGCCGCAGCCUCAGCAGCCUGGGCAGAACAGUCACCCACACAGCGAUCUGAACUUUAACCCCUCCUCAGAUGGGCAGAUGGGUCAGGGAGCCCAGGAUAUGCCUGAACCCUCCCUGGAUCUUCUUCCAGAGCUUGCCAACCCAGACGAGUUACUAUCAUACCUGGACCCCCCCGACCUUCCCGCCAACAGCAACGACGACCUUCUCUCCCUCUUCGAGAACAACUAGUCCCUCACCUCCCCUACAAGCCCUCCUGCGCCUACAGGAGUGGUGACGUGUUUGACUGUCCGUCCACAGACACUUCACCCACCUCCGGUCGUCACUUCAAGCAGCUUCCUGUGCUCACGCACGCACACACAUACACAAUCUCUCGACAGAUAAUGUGUGGCAUAGGAGCCCGGCUAUAAAAGAGGCACCUGUUUGGGAACUCCAAAGGGGAAAGCAGGAAUGCCACUCAUCCCCGUACUCCCUUUUCUUUUCCUCCUGUAAAGAUUCCACGCACCAGUUCCACCGCCUCUGACUCGAAACAUGCCAUUUACAGCCAUGUUGGCGGGCACUAAAGUGAUAUUAUAUAUAUACAUAUAUGAUAUUUGUGACUUUUCAACUGAAAACUGUGCAGCUAUAAUCAUCAUGUGUAACAACACGGAGGAGACCGGAGCCUUUGUGGGCUCUAGGAAAAGUGUUGUAGCUUUGUUUUAUUGUUUGUUUGUUUGUUUGUUUUUAAUUAUAAUUUUCCUUUUGUGAAAAAAGAUAAGUCCAAGGGAAUUAUUGUCUUGUAAGAAUGUUUUUAUCCUGUUGGAAAUGUGUUCUUCCAAAACUUUGGCACAUGCCAUGCCCUUUGACCCACAGACUUCCCUGUGUGUGUGUGUGUGUGUGUGUGUGUGUGUGUGUGUGUGUGUGUGUGUGUGUGUGUGUGUGUGUGUGUGUGUGUGUGUGUGUGUGUGUGUGUGUGUGUGUGUGUGUGUGUGUGUGUGAGUGAGAGAGUGUGUGAGAGACAGUUGAAUAACUAGAACUCAUCAGAAUCAGAGCACUGAAAGGACGAGCUAAAAUGUCCUCCAGUGUCAACAUAGGAAAAGAGCGCACGUUGUGCAAUGUAGUGGGUGUGUCAGUGUGUGUAUAUACAUGUGUGUGUCUGCGUGUAUGUUUACGUGUUCCCUUUUGUUUGCCUGCAAGCGUAUGUGAAAGACAGUGGGGGGAGAGAGUUUGAGACAGAGGAGGGAAGAAAAAUAUUGAAUGGAAGACAGAUAAAACAAUCCACUUUCUCCACCCUGUCUGCAGUUUGUAUUUGUUGUACCGUUUCGCUCGUCCUCAUCAAAUUCAGCACCAUUUUGUUCACAAGUGCAUGUGUGCCAACGGCUCCUGUUGUCUUUGUCCAGCCUAAACGUGCUUGAUCAAAUAAUUUUCUCUCUUGUCUUUAUAUUUAUUAUUUCAUUUCAAAUUGGCCUGUUUUUUGUUUUGUUUUGUUUUGUUUUUUGUUUUUUUACUGUUGUCCUUUUUUAUGUGUUUUAUCUUUGUCCCACAUUGAAAUGAAUCAGAUACACAUCACCAAAGUUGUCCUAUGCUUUUUGUAAGGAUUUGGGCCUGGAUAUUAUGUUGGUGUAAGAGCAGGAUUUCAACAUCCUACAGACGUCUACAGAACAUUUUAAAUCGCUGUAUUUUAUAGAAACGUCUGUGUGAUUGUACUGAUCUUUCCUUUUGUUGUUUUGUUACUGUUGAACUGCAUCUUUUUGGGAAAAACAUCCUGCAUGAUCCAACAGUGUUUCCAGAGCUGUUGUAUAUACCCUUUGUGAAUACUUUGUGACUGUACAGUACUGUACCUAUCUAUUACUGCAACUACAUGGUACUGUAUGUCUGUCGAGGACUACACAUACUCACACACACUCACAAACACACACAGAAUCCCCUCUAACCAGUCCAACAUUGUAACGAAUUGAUCCAAAUGCACUCUCACUGGCCUUGUGUUAAGUACCUGUGUAUUGUGAACAGUUUUUCCAUUACCCUGUGACAAUGCAUCAGCAAAAAGGAAUAUUUGAAUUAUUCAGCAGGCAAGUUGUGAGUUAUUUUAGUUUUAUUUCAUAUAUGUAUAUACACACACAUGUGUGUAUAUAUAUAUAUAUAUAUAUAUAUAUAUAUAUAUAUAUAUAUACAUAUAUACAUGUAUGUGUAUAUACUGUAUAUGUAUGUGUGUGUGUAUAUAUAUACUGUAUGUAUGUAUGUAUAUGUAUAUGUAUACACAUAUAUAUCUACAAAUUAGCAGUUUUUUCUGUGUAAAAGAUUGCAGCUUAGAGGUCCAAAUUUCUCCAAAAUGUAUUUGUUUAAUAUUAUUGGAACAAGUGACCUCGUCCUCUUUAUUUAAAGUGAGAAUGUGCAAAAUGUCCUCUGAAUUGUUUUGAGGCCUGAUAAUGAGCUUUUGAUAACCAUACUUAGCAAAAAUGUGUGAAUAUGAUUUGUGUAUUUUCAUCACAUUUUAUAUUGUUUUAAGUUAUUAUUUUUGUCCAGUGUUUUUUAUGACAGGUAUAAUUUGGUUUACACAGUUUUAUGCAGUACCAAUGAAUUACAUACAUACAAUACAAUGGAUUUAAAACAUACUAUAUGCAGAUAAAAAUUCCCCCAUUUGAGAUUUGUAAUCCAUUUGAAUAAUCAAAUGUGGCUUUACUGGUCUUCAGAGUUGAUUGAAUCACCCGCAUAUAACACAGUUGAAGGAUCAGAUGUUGUUUGUUUGUUUGUUUGUUUAAAUGUUUGUUAAAGACAAUGCACUGCCGCAUUGGGAUAUUUUAUUUCCCUACACAGUGUGUAACUGUAACUGUAACCUGUCACAAAAUCACACCUAGUAAUUUGAGCGACACAAAUUGUCUGAUUGCAGACAUUGGAAAUUGAGUUGAGGAUUGGAAAGAGAAUGCAAUUAAUAUUGUAAAUUGAAAUUUUGGGGGAGACCCCUCCUACUUGCAUUACAAGGAUAGGUUGUGGCAGAGGGUUGGGGGUGGGGGUUGGGGAUAUAAGGGAUACGUGUAUAUAAUGUAAAUGACAAAUAGAGACACGUUAACAGAAAUGUAUUCAUUUUCUCCAGGGGGAGUGUGCAUAGUGUAUUUAGAAUUUGUAAAGCUUGCAUCCUCCUGUCAAGACAUUGAAUUGGGAAAAUGUGUUUGAUUGCGUCUGUGCAGACCUCUCUAACAACGCCUGUUCAUUUAUGUAAGAUACUUUAUGUGCCCCUCCACGUGGGGUUUCCAAGAAAAAAAGACAUUUUUCCUUUGUGUAAUAUUAAACUUCUGUGUAUUUCUCUAUUACCUGUGUACUUUAUAAAGGUGCUAAAAAAAUUAUUAAAACCUUUUGAGGUAUAAUUGGGACUUGGAGACAUUGAGCUUUGAGUGGCUCUUAAGGGUUGUUUCCAAAUUUACAGUUUGUAAAAAAUUUUGUCAAAUUUAUAAUUUUUAUGCAAUUUGGCAAAAUAUGCUAUAAGGUACAAUCUGAAGUGAUUGGCACUACAGGUGGCAGUUGUCUCUUUGGUUUUGUACAUUCUAUGUACAAUCAUUUCAUAUUCUAAACUGGUCAGAAAAACAUUGUGAUUUUUAGUCUUGCAAAUCUGUAUGUAGUUAGAUGACGUGACAUCCUAAUAUUUAUCUAAUAAAUAUGUAUUCAGAUGAAACACAA